CACAAAUGGAACGGUCCGCUGGAGAGGUGAAGCUGCGGUGACGUAUUCUCUCUAACUACUGACUCUAUCUGAACAUCAGUAUCAAACGCCAAAUCAAACACUGAGCCAGCGCAGCACGAGAUGCCAGAGGAAACCUCAGAGAUGACAACAUCACAACCCAAAGGACCAGAGAUUUCUACAGGCAGCAUUGUUGAUUCAGAAACUGAAAGUGCUGCCAAAUCACAUGAACAAGACAUGAGGAGAAGGAGGAGGGAGACACGACAAAGCCCAUUCAAAGUGCCAGACAGUAAUAAUUUUUUUCUGCUGAGUGUAAAUGAAAAAGGGGACCAGAAAGAGGAGAUGCGUGAAUUCCUGGCUCUGCCAAUUGAUGAGAAGACGACCCACGCUGCACGAAUGAUGGCCAAGCUGAAGAAAAAGCUGGUGGGAGAACUGGAGGAGGAGGAGGAGGAGGAAAGGGAGAAGAUUAAAAAUCUAAAACCAAUCAAGAGUAAGACAACUUUCCCUAAAGAAACACCAACCAGACAUGAACUGAAGAUGGCCAUGAUGAAACGAGAAAAUGUUACAAAAGACAGCAAACACGACUUAAUCUCCAUGGAACGGCAGAAAGCAGUUUUGGAGUUAUCUCUGAUGACGAAGAGGGGAGAGAUUUUGAGGAUGGACAAGGCCAUUGCAAAGGAGGAGAGGCAGCUUAAACAGCUUGAAAAGAUGAUUGAGAGAGACAACCAGAGCUUUGAAGAGUUCCUGAGGGAGAACGAGAAGAAGUCUGUGGAAGCCAGAACAUUUUUUGAACGGGAGGCCAAGUCCAAACAGGAGAAGAAUGCUGAGAUCAAGAAACUAACCGCUGAGAUAGGGACUAUAAAAAGUGAACUCACCAAGUUUGAAGAAAUCCUGGUGGACUACAAAAGAUACAAGGAGCUUCUGCUCAAGCUGUCUCCUCCAGACUGGCAGGAGGCCCAGAGAGCUAAGGCUUUGAAAGCUAAAGUCCUGUCUGACAAAGACACACAGGACCAGCAGAACAGGGACACUGAGGAGUCAGCAGUUAGAGACGGUUUGGUGUCCAGUCCAGGUAGAGAGCUGCCUUCCAUCAGAGAGACCAGGCUGUCCUCAGCCCACAGUGACACACUGAUCACAGGUUGUAAAGUGGACAGUGACGGCUCAGAGUAUGAGGAUGAACCAGAGCUGUACUUUUCUGAUCCCCAGCAGCUUCUAGAUCUGUUGACUGAGCUGACAGAUCAGAACCUGUCCCUGAUUCAGAACUCGACCAGGGUGGAGGAGACGGCGGAGGAGCUCCAACAAUCCUUGGAGAUAGCCAGGAAGAAGAUUGAGGAGGAUGAAGAGCAGCUGGCACUACAGAUGAAUGACAUGAACCAGAGAAUCGAAGAGGAGAGAACGAGAGGCAACAAGCUCAAACAGAAGGUUCAGCUCCAUGUCUCACUGAACACGGAGGACCAGGAUGUGAUGCUUGAUGCUCUGAACGAGAAGGUGGCAGAGGUGCAUCGCAGCUGCGUGGAUGACAGGAUGACCAACCUCAGCACCUUGGAGAAAGUCGCCAAUAUUGAGAGCCGUCUGUCUUUACUGCUGCAGGGCCUUGAGAGCAUCCCUGAAGAAAACUUGGAGAUGAUGAAGAAGAUAAAGGACAGUGAGAGAAGGACCAGGGAGCGUGAAGACAAGCAGAGAGAGCAGAGAGAGAAACAGAAAGAAAGGAUGAGGAGAUACAUGGAGAGAUCCCUGGCUGACUCCAAGAAAAUAAGUGGGAGGAAACUCAUGCCCAGAUGCAUGCCUGUUGCCCAGAAAGUCAAAGUCAGCAAAGUGGACAACAUCCCUGCAGAGGAUGAGCUCCAUGCCUACCUCUUCACCUCUGAGGAUAUAGAGUAAAAAAAGAAAAAAGAUUUUGUUUAAAAAAAAGUCAUGUUAUUUAAAAAAAAUGCAAUCAUGUCAUGACAGUUGAUGAGUGAAAAUGUUAUUAGACAUUUGUUACACUAUGAUCAUGACAUAAGAUAAUUAAAUCAACAUCGGGGGGAACAGAAAUACUUUGUUGGACUUUGUCAUGUAUAAUAAAGCAGUGAAUAACUCA